GCCUUGGAUGCGCAAGUAAUGUAUGUUCAUUUUCAAAGCAUUAGCGUAUCUGAACGCUGCAGCAUGACAGCAAGCAGAAUCUGACCAAUCAUUUGCUACCUUUUUCAUAGCAGCCUGCUAGAUCUCAGUAAUUGAACACAAUUACUGUCUACGUGGAAAUCCUUGUGUUGUCCUCAAGGCACUGGUCCCGUUAUUUCCGUUAUUUCCAAUACGAGAGAGCUGCUGGUCUUCUUCGGUGAGUGGGUUGUUGGGUAUUCAUCGGUAAGUAGUCUGCACUGUUCAGUGUCCAGGGUGAUGUCCCUGACUGAGCUGGAAAAGCUGGAGAGUGCGAUUCUGGUGGCGGCCGAAGAUCCCGCCGACGAGGACCUGCAGGGUGACCUCAGCCAGCACAGCACGGUACUGAAGAAGAUGCAGGCGAAGCUGGCCAGCCCGGCGGUGCGAGAGUGGAUCGCCAGUCGGCGUCAGAACAUCCGGCCCUGGCUGCAGUUCAUCAAUGUCAACAACUUUGGCAAGCCGGACUCGCUGCCGCGCUGGUCCAAGCGCCUGGUGAAGAACAUCGAUCACUUCCAGAGCAACUACGUGUUUGUGUUCCUGGGUCUGUUCGUGUACUGCCUGCUGACGUCACCGCUGCUCCUGAUUGCGCUGGGCGCGCUGGCCGGCGGCUGCCACAUCCUGCGACUGCGACAGCAGGAGCGGAAGCUGAUGGUGGCCGGCCGCGAGGUGCCGCUGGCGCAGCAGUACGCAGGUGUGGCGCUGCUCAGCGUGCCCAUCUUCCUGAUCGUCGGCGCCAGCUCGGCCCUCUUCUGGGUUAUUGGUGCUUCGUUCUUUGUUAUCAUGCUCCAUGCCACGUUCUUUAAGCACGAGGCGCUGGCUGGCGCCGAGGAGGAUGCAGAGCUGUUUGAGGUCACUAUGGAGCCUGUCCAGUAGAGCUCAGGGCUGUCAAGAGCCGCAUUUGUUGCACUAAUUAUGUUUAUGUCACAUCGCCUGAAAAUAUCUCGCAUGCUACAAGCUUACACCGCUCAUCUAUUGCCAUUUACCCAGACGCCUGUAUGGUCUGGUUGAACUGUUGGAACGCGUUUGUUGCUGUUUUAUUUAUUAUAGACAAUAUUUAUUUCUGUUAAGCAUUUUUAACUUGCACGUAAUAAAUUUCUAGUGAA